UAUAUUUAAAUGUUAUAGGUCGUCAGAUAUAUAUAUGUUCAUAUAGCUGGAUGGACUUGUAAGAGUUUGCCAGGCACAUGUUUUUGUAACUUGUUUGUUUGGUUUGCAUCUAAUGCGUUUAUCCAGGAAUAUAUGUCUGCUGAUUUUUUUCCCCAGAUUAACAAAAAACGGAAACCAUGCUUAGUCGAAUAGUUUUUCCUUUAAGACAACAGAUUCGUAAUGCGCGGCACUGCCAGAACAUCACAGAAAUACAGGUUCUAACUAGCCGAACAGCCUGUUCCUCGUGUGCUGCAACUUAUGGGAACAGAGAUCGGAGUAGACCUACAGACUACAAUAAUUCAGCUAUUUUACCUGAAAACAAAUUUGUCACGGUCAAGAGCAGUUUUCCAAGAUGUCUGUCAUCGGAAGCAGCCAUCACAGCGAUUGAGAAACGUGACCGAUAUUUGGAGUUGCACCACGAGGGACAGGUGUUUACGAUCCCGUACAUGUGGCUGAGGGACCACUGUCGCUGUUCACACUGCUUCAAUGAGGAGACGGGGCAAAAGAAUGUCAGUCAUAAGAUUUCGGGGAUUGGGGCGUCUGGUGUUGAACUUGAGGAAUUUGGAACCACACUGAAAAUCCUGUGGGAAGACGGCCAUAAGACUGAAUAUAGUGUGCAGUGGCUGGUAGACAACAGCUAUUCCACAGAGUCUAAGAAGAAGACGAUUCCACUGUUGUGGGAUAGCGCUAAGAUCCACUCUGAACCGAUGCCGGUCGUAGACUAUGAAUCGUACAAAACCUCGGAGACCGGCAUCAGAGAAACCAUGUACAACUUACUCAGAUAUGGAUUCUCUGUCGUCGAAGGGGUUCCGACCUCACCCCAGGACACGGAAGAGGUGGUUUUGAACUUGAACUUUGUCGAGGAGACACUGUUCGGGAAGAUGUUUUAUAUCAUGCCCAACAACGAGAGGCCCGAUACGGCAUACACCAACACAGAGCUGGGAGCCCACAAUGAUACAUGCUACUUCACUGCACCUAUUGGUGUCAUGGCAUUACAUUGUCUGAUGCAUGAUGGGACUGGAGGGGAGACUUUGCUUGUCGACGGUUUCCAGGUGGCGGAGAAACUUCGCCAGGAAGACCCAGCAGCAUUCACCAACCUAACCAAUCAGAUUGUUCCACACGAGUAUGUUGAGGAAGGAUUCCACAUUCACUCUCACGGUCGCGUGUUGACCAUCCACCCAGCUUCCAAAGAAAUGGAAAAUAUACGAUUCAACCCAUACGACAUGGCCCCACUGGACACCAUCCCACCCAAUGAAGUGGAACAGUUCUACAAGGACUACAAGAAACUGACGAAGCUCAUCUAUGACCCGGCCAACAGCUUCUGGUUCAAGCUGCACCCAGGCAUGUUGGUUUUCAUUAACAAUUGGAGGGUGUUGCAUGGAAGAGCCAGCUUCACAGGCAAAAGAGUUCUAAGUGGCGCUUACAUUCCAUACCACGAUUGGAUGAGUAAAGCCAGAGUUGCUGGACUUGUUUAGGGGACACAUGUCACACAGUGAAAUCUGUAUGUCAUUUUGGUUUUAUAUAAAGAUAUUGUCCUGAAUUUGUAGGCAUUAAAAUAAUCUUGCAUUUGUAUUAAAAAUUUGAUUAAUAAAGCCAGAUUUGCACAUCUUGCUUAAAGCACACAUUAUACAGUGAGUGAUAGAAAUACGCAAAACAUUUUACUGGUCUACCGGAAAAAUCUAGAAAUCUAAUUGUCUGCCAAAUGGAUUAUUUUAUUCAACUACUAUGAUGUUUGCGACUGCUAAAAAUAAAAUUGCACUGAAAUUGUUUACUUUUCCACUGGACAACCACGAGGCACAUUUUGCUUGUCCCAAUAGAUUUUCACUUGUUGGGACAAACGGACAACAAGUGCUUAUAUCGAACACUGACAGUGCAAUCCGAGGAUAUAUAAAUUAUAUGGGUAUGUAAAAAUAUACAUGUUUUAAGAGACAUGGCUGAUCCUUUUUCCAAUACUAGCUGACGAACUGUACUAAUUUUGUCAAUCGCUAUUUUCAUAGAUAUACCAGUAAUUGUUUCUGAGGCCAGUGAUGAUUGCUUUUGUAAAUGUGAGAAAUUAGCCGAUGAUUAAUAAAUAGAUGUACUCUAGUAAUGUCAUUCAACAAAACAAA